UUACACUAACUACCCGUCGGCUUUGGAGGACUGAGCAGCCAGGGUCUGCGGGAGGGUAUUACUUUGACAACGGAUCUCAUUGGCCAUUCAAAGUGAAACGGUUGGAUGAUUGGCUGCACAGGUAUCCGGAGGCCUGUUUCCUUGUAGCUGAUUGGGUGGGGUGUGGUCAAGCUCCCACCGCCUUCUCUCUACUUUCCCACAGCAUCCGGUUGCUUCGCAACUCAUUUGCAAUCUCCAGCUGAGCCUGCACCCAGCUGCACCUGUAACCUGGAAACAACCGGCUAGGACCGCCCUGCGCUUACGUCUCUCACGCCCACUUUAUGCACAAGCAACACGGUUGUCCCAGGUAUUCAUUCAAGUUUGCCUUGAGACUGGGCUGUGGGCUGACAGUGCAGUGACACCGCAGUGGAGAAAGUGUCCAGUUUUCCUUCUGGAAGUCCUCGUUUAGAGCAGUCAGGAGAAAAGAAAGUCACUGUUAUACGUCCAACUUAGAAGCCACUUAUCUUGGGAGCACACAGGCUCUAGAGAGCAAGUAACUUACAUCAGUUAACCCAGUGUGAGAGGGUGACUCACCUGACUCAGAGUAAAUCCUAGGAGUGUGGUGACAAGUGCCAGAUACUUUGUUGUCUUAUCAUGCACUGCAGAGCUUACUUCUUGCUGGAGAAAGACUUUCAAGAGUUAAAGGAGAAGAAUUAUGAGGGUAUUAUUACCUUUCCUGUAAGUGAAAAUAUGAUGGAAUGGGAAGCUGAAAUUAAAGGUCUACAGAAUACAAUUUGGCAUGGAUUAUGCUUCCAAUUGACAAUACAUUUUACAUCGAACUACAAUUUUGUCCCUCCAGUUGUGAAUUUUAGAACAAUUCCUUUUCAUCCGAAUGUAGAUCAACAGACUGGCCGGCCCUAUAUAGACUUUUUGGACAACCCUGAAGAAUGGAAUACAGACUAUACAUUGAGCAGCAUCUUACUUACCCUCCAGGUUAUUCUUUCUGAUCCAGUGCUAAAAAAUCCAGUGAAUUUGAAAGCAGUCCAAAUGCUGAUGGAAGAUGAAUCUAUGUACAGACUAAUAAUUCUAAAGCUUCUCCACCAGCUAUUACAAGUGAAAGGUGACUCUCAGUUACUUAAAGACACAGACAAAUUUACCAGAUCAAUUAAAGCUGUCUCAUUUCAUGAUUACUACAAGACAUGGUCUGGAAUAGCCACAUCAAAAGCCACAGAAUAUUACAGAAGUCCAUUGCUGGAAGUUCAAAAUUUCACUGGAGAAUAUUAUCAUAAAUAG